AUGCUUAUCUCUCCAGAAGUCACCCUUGACCAAUAUGCCGUCUCUCUUCGGAGUGGGUUUCUUCCUACCAUCCCUCCUUUGCAGCUAUUAGAAGACCCUUACUACUGGCCAUGGGAGGACAUAGUCUUUGAUCUACCAAAUCACAUCGAAUCCAGGACUAUCCGACAAGCUGUCGGCUCACUCCCCGUCCUUUCCACCUCCCGACUCCGUGACGAGCCAGAAUGGAGACGAGCGUAUAUGCUGCUUGCCUUCCUCACCCAUGCCUACAUAUGGGGAGGAGAACGACCCGAGGAGAUUCUACCACCCGCGAUAUCAUGCCCAUUUCUCGAAGUCUCCAACCACCUGGAGCUCCCACCUUGCGCUACCUACGCCGCCCUCAACCUGUGGAACUUUAGCAUCAAAGACCAUGCUACAGACAUCACCGACCCUGACAACCUCUAUAUAAAUUCUUCAUUUACCGGCACCAAAGAUGAAGAAUGGUUUUUCAUGAUCUCCGUCGCCCUCGAAGCAAAAGGCGCAGCACUCAUCCCGCUAUUCCUCGAAACUAUCCACGCUGCUAGCAUCGAUGAGAGCCAACGCCUAUGCGAUCUUCUUGACCAAUUCACCAAGGGCCUGUCCGAGCUUCGCGACUUGCUGGAGCGCAUGUACGAGAAGUGUUCCCCGGCUGUCUUCUUCCACCAACUCCGCCCUCUUCUCGCCGGGAGUAAGAACAUGGCCUCGGCGGGCCUCCCAAACGGCGUCUUCUACGAUGAAGGCAACGGCCAGGGCGAGUGGCACCAGUACAGUGGCGGGAGUAACGCCCAGAGCUCGCUCAUCCAGACCUUCGAUAUCUUCCUGGGCGUGGAACACACCGCCACGGGCGAUAUGAAAUCCAACGGAGUGACACGUCCCGCAGCAAAGACAGGAUUCAUGCAGGAAAUGCGCAACUACAUGCCCGGUCCCCAUCACCGUUUCCUCGACCACCUCUCCCAAAUCAGCAACCUCCGCAGCUACGCUAUGAGCCACAAGGCCAACUCCGCGGUUCGCGACGCCUACAACAUGGCCGUGAUGUCGCUCGGUCGGUUCCGUGACUCCCAUGUGCAAAUGGUAACGCGGUACAUCAUCCUUGCGGCGAAGACGAAACACCCGAAAACAAAGCCGACGUCCGUGCAGGUCAAUCUGGCCACGACCACCUCGACCCAGAUGAAAGAUCUGGAUGGGAAAGUCGCGAGUGGGCUGCACGGAACCGGAGGCACGGACCUGAUUCCUUUUUUGAAGAAGACGAGAGAUACGACGAAGGCGGCGGCGAGUUACGUGGAUUGA